UACCGCACCAUGGCCAACAGGUCCAAAGCCUUUAACGUAGAACUCGUUGGGUUUCCUGGGCUCCAGGAGAAAUACUUUAACUUGGUGUCUGCCGCAUUGUUUUUGGUCUACAUCAUAUCUCUGGCCGCAAACGGCACCGUGAUCGGCUUGGUUAUUAUGAAGAAACAGUUAUACCAACCGAUGUAUGUGAUCAUCGCCAAUCUUGCAGCUUCUGAUCUGAUUUUCGACACAUUAACACUGCCCAAGAUUGUCGCCCGGUAUUGGUUUGGAAGCGGAUCAAUGUCCUUUUCUGAGUGUUUGUUCCAGAUGUUCAGCGUCCAUUACCUGGGUACUGUGGAUUCCUUUAUCAUUAUGCUAAUGGCUGUUGACCGAUAUGUGGCCAUCUGCAAACCCCUUCGAUACCCUUCUAUAAUGACCAACAGAGUCACUGGCCUUUCAUGUAGUCUCUGCUGGAUCAUGACAACGUCUACUCCGUCCGUUAUGCUUUACCUGAAUGCUCAAAUUUCCUACUGUGGUCGUUAUAAAAUUAUCGGUUGUUUCUGUACCAACAUGGGUGUAAAUGCAUUGUCUUGUACGGACAUUACUUAUACGAGACAGGUGGUUUUUGGCCUUGCAAUGGUCGUCCUACUGGGGCCAUUAAGUUUCAUAAUUUCUUCUUAUAUAAUUAUUCUCACAACAAUUCACUCCUCCAGCCAAUUUGUAAGUGGAAAAAAGGCAUUUUACACAUGUUCCACACAUUUGAUUGUCAUCGGGUUAUAUUAUACCCCUCGGGUGUUUUUUUACUCGUUCAAUCAGAUUUAUCCGAUGUUUACCACCGAUCAGAGUAUUUUGAUUCUAUGCGUCUAUACGUAUGUACCCCAUAUGGCCAGUCCGAUCAUCUAUUGUCUCAGGACGAAGGAGAUCAAACAGAUCUGCAGAAAUCUUUUUCCUAAUAAAAUAUGCGGCGAGCUGUUGAAGGAUAUUGACGUGGUGGAGUUCAGAAGAGGGCCACUAAAAAGGGGAAUGGUUUGCAGGAUGAAAAUUAUCAUGAAAGACCAAGGGAUCUUAAUACGUCUGACGUUACCUGCUGCGCAGUGUGCGUGA